AGAGCGCGAUGUAUAUAUAUCGCUGAUCGACUUGCUCAUGAAUUCCUGAUGCUGGGUCGGGACACUGCUGGACUCGCUAUGACCACUCAGGGGCACGCAUCGCUGAUGUCCAACCAUGCUCUACUUGCUGGGGGUGGUACUCAGGCAACCCGGCAAACCUCUGUUAUGGACGUCAUUGAGCUGGUGCAACUGAUUCUCUCAUUUCUGGCUAGUCCGCGCGACCUCGUUCAUAUGGCCUGUGUUGCCAAGCGAUACACGAACAUCGCUCUGAGGCUGAUCUGGGAGACCCCAGACUUUUCUGGAGAUCCUCUGUCUACCAUGGUCCACCUGUUCCCAGAGCCGACUCGCACAGAUCUAUUGGCUCGCAAGGACGAACUUCCGCGUAUCGAACAUGGCUUAUUCCAUCGAUUUGACUAUUAUGCCAAUCUUGUCCGUCAUCUCCGGUACUGGCAAGCCUCGAAUGAUGCAUUUAUUGGUCUGGCACUUACGGCCAGCCGACCAGGUGUAUGGCUGUUUCCGAGACUUCUAUCAAUCCACGUUGGUUCGGAUCGCGAUAGUCUGCAGAUCGCUGGAACAUUCUUUAGUCCGAGUCUACGCACGGUGACUAUCGAUCAUUGGGAUUCAAGCGACACAUCGGCGAUCACCGUUACACCCGGUAUAACCACAGUUCUCCAGCAUGUAUUUCGGCUUCCCAACCUACGAGUCCUGGACUUGUUGGAUUCGGUAUAUCGGAAUUAUGAAGGAAUUUCGGAGAUCGUGGAUGCGCUUCUUGCGCUUAUAUCCCAGUUGGUCGAGUUCUACUCCAGCGAUUUCACUUUUGUGACAUCAGUGUACGACGCCCUUGCGCAGAGUUCAAGAUUGAAGGGAAUGUUGUUCGACUUCUCACAAGCGCGCGAUGUGACGACCUGCUAUACCCCGAACGAUGCGAUCAGGACACUAGGAACUAAGUUCCUAGGGCUCGACAAGAUCGUAGUACGAAGUGAUGUACAGACAGCGGUCGAUGUUCUCUCCAAUACAAACCAUCGAUUUCGGUCGAUCGAUCUAUCCAUUGAAGGCAGCGUCACGAUAGACGAUUUAGCCACUCUUACGAAUCUGGUUGCUCCAUCGACACGCGAGCUGAAGAAGUUUCGUUGCGGUUCAUCACAACCAACGGUAAGGCCGAAUUAUCGGUCGAUGGAAUCAGCAUUACGUCCUCUCAAGGAAAUGGCGUGUCUUCGAGAUGUUCAGAUCGAGACCAGCUUCCCGGCAACCGAGAUGAUCUCCGAUACAGAUGCGAAACUCUUGUUCCCGGGAUGGCCGCACCUUCGAUGUUUCAUAUUGACAAGCGAUCCCGGACGAUCGAGCACAGCUCUGGAGAAUGGACUGUCAUCAACCGCACUCAGCCUGCUUUCACUCUUCAUCAUUCAACAAUCCUGUCGAUACCUCUGCGAGCUCAGCCUUUCCUUUGUCGACUUGUUGAAUAUACCUCAUCCAUCGGAACCUCAUUCUACGCGAUCAUGGCAGAAUGUGGAGAUUCAAUUCACACGAUCGCACGCACAUGAUUCCGGUGCCGUUAUCGAUUACGUGAAGCAUCUGUGGCCGAAUGCUUCAGUUUGGUUCGCGGAAUGCUGCUUAUCGGCCACCUCGCACUAGGUAUUCGAUGACGGUUGUAGAUGGCGGACCUUUGACAGCCUCUGAUUCCCAAUCCCUUUUACUUAUAUACCCUUCUGAUGUACUUGUGGUUUUGAAUGCUUCGUAAGGAC